GAACCAUUGGAGGGGGACCGAGGUGUGGAGGCGUCAGAAAGCUCCUGGGUCUCUGGGUCCCAAGUCCCCAGAGGCGCUGAAUUAAGAGGGAUGUCAGUUACGAUGUCCCAGAAUCGCCUUCCGCCCCUGUAAAUGGUGGCAGGGAUUUGCCCUGGCCUUCCUGCCCCCACCUAUUGCGAUCCCCUAGUACUGUUGCCCCUCCCACUGGGGGUGACGCAAUUUGUUACCCCCACCCCCAGGCGGUGUACGGUCCACACACACACACACACACGUUGUAGCAAUCAGAGAUGGAGGGGGGGAGCGGCUGGCUCUGAAUUGCAUUUCCUCUUUUCUCCUAUGGACAGACCCAUAUCCCCUCCCCACGGACUCCAGAGCUCAGCUGUAGGGAGCAGGGAGAGGCUGUGGUGCAGGAGGGGAGCCUAAGCCCCUCUGGCCCUGAGGAUGAGCUGGCUCCGUUCUCUGGAAUGCACAUGCUGAGGGACUGCAGCCCUGGGAAAGGAAGAUGCUCCGGACUAGUAACUACAGCCUGGUGCUCUCCCUGCAGUUCCUGCUGCUCGUCUAUGACCUCUUCGUCAACUCCUUCUCGGAGCUUCUCCGCAUGGCCCCUGUCAUCCAGCUUGUGCUCUUCAUCAUCCAGGAUAUCGCCAUCCUCUUCAACAUCAUCAUCAUCUUCCUCAUGUUUUUCAACACCUUCGUCUUCCAGGCUGGCCUGGUCAACCUCCUCUUCCACAAGUUUAAAGGGACCAUUGUCCUGUCGGCUGCUUACCUGGUUCUGAGCAUUGCCUUCCACAUCUGGGUCAUGAACCUGCGCUGGAAAAACUCCACCCGCUUUGUGUGGACAGACGGGCUGCAGGCCCUCUUUGUGUUCCAGAGGCUGGCGGCCGUGCUGUACUGCUACUUCUACAAGAGGACGGCCUUGCACCUGGGGGAUCCCCGCUUUUACCAGGACUCCCUAUGGCUGCGCAAGGAGUUUGCUCAGGUCCGCAGCUGAUGGCUUCCUCCAGGACCCAGAGCCGUGGCUGGUCCGUGGCUGCUCCCAGCUGGCUGGCAUGGAGCCCACCCCCGUUCCACCUGUGCUCUCUAUUGGCUGUCUGAGAAGCCAGUGUCUCUCAAGCCUGGUCUCUCACUCCAUCCCAUGAACUAAACAGGCUGGAGAGGUCCCAUCAAGAGCCGUGUCAUCCUCACACCUGCUUCUUUGCUGGUUGCCUGCUCAGGCUCUCCAUCAUCCCUGGUACCUCAUUCCACUCCCCUCUUGCAGAUCAGCGAGCCGUUCCUGCCCCUUUCUCUCUGGACCCAGCUUCAGCCUCCCUGAGGAGUGAUCCGAAGUGCCAAGCAGGUUUGGCUCAGGAUUCCUGUCCUGUAACUGCAGCAUGGCUCCUCUUCAUCCAGAAAAAUCCUUCCACCAGCCCUACGCACAGCUCACUUGCCGCCUGACCAAUGUGGUCCUGUUGGUAUUGGCUCCAUUUGGCCUCCGCUUUGCAUAUCUGGUGGGAUGAGGUGCCAGGACUCAGCCUGUCCUAGACAUGCAGCGUUAGGCCUGUCCUGGUGGUAGACCCUCAUUUUGUACCUGUGUAUUUUUGUAAAUUAUGAGACAAUAAAUUGGCUUCAUUUUCCAGAAACAA